AUGUUCUGUUAUGAGGUUCUCAAAGUUGCUGUAGAUCGGUGUAUUAAUUUUAACCCCAACACCCUGCUCCUCUUCAACCUGCUUAUCGCCGACUUCUUUGCCCUGGUGAGUCUGCCGCAGAGGAUCGAUUCCUUGCUCCGCGGCCACUGGUUGUUUGGCGAUGGCAUGUGCCGGAUAAACCUCUUCCUGAUGUUUUGCAACUGAUCAGCUAGCAUGGCACUCAUGACUGUGGUGGCAAUUUACCGCUACUUCAAGGUGAGCAAAAAGAGAUUCUUCAUUUGUGAAACCAGGGUUAUUUCCGUAGGGGUCUGGACAUUAGGGCUUUUUUAUGAAUGGUGUGUAAAAUGUCUUCUUUUUCCAGGUGGUCCACCCCCUGGCGAGAAGACCCAGUGCUUCUUCUUCAUGUCCUACAAGGAGGCGUCCCGUGCCAUCAUCAUCCUGGUGGGCAUGCACCACGCUUUGACGGUGCUGGAGUUCAUCGUCCCCAUGGCCAUGCUGCUGUUUUGUUCCAUCCGCAUCUCCAGCUUCCUGAGGCAGAGGCAGAUGGGAAAAACGGACAAGGUGCGAAAGGCCAUGAGAAUGUGUGCUGCCAUCGUGGCUGUGUUCCUCGUGUGCUUCCUCCCCACCACGGUGACCACGAUCGGUGUAUGGGUCAUCCGCUCAUACCGGCCAUGGGACUGCGCCGCUUUCUACACCUUUACUCAGCUCACCAUUGUGUCUCUGGGCCUGAACUUCCUGAACUCGGCUCUGGACCCGAUUGUCUACGUCUUCUCGAGCUCAAUGUUCAGGAAGGCCCUGCUGGGAUUAGUGCCCUGCAGAAAAGGAGAAGGCCGGACCACAGAGUCCUCGUCGGGAACCCAAAGCACCACCCAGCAAGAACUAAAAUCCCUCAGGACUGACAGAGGCAGUGAGGUCAAUUAAUGAGCGGACCUCAGCCAAUAUUGGAGCUAGACUCAGUCUUUAAUUUCCUUUAUAUGUUUAAGACCUUUCAUUUUAUAUAUUUUUAAAUUGUGGACUAAAUCCUAGCUUUUUGUAGGACAUAUCUCUCUGUAAAUCUAAAGUUUGCAUUUAAAGGCUCCUCUUUAAAUGCAGUUUGAUGGUGAAGUAGUAAUCUUUUUCUGGCUGUUUCAUAGAUAACACUCUCACAGGAGCUUCCUGAGGGCGACUGUGGCUUG